AUGGCUGUAACAGCCGAGAUACCGACCCCUUCCGGCUUGCCUUUGCUGGGUAACAUCAAAUCAAUCGAUCCCGACUUCCCCUUGGGGUCUAUGGUAUCACUCGCCGAGCAAUAUGGCGAGAUCUACCGCUUAAGGUUUCCCGGCCGAACCAUCGUGGUCGUUUCCACACAGGCAUUGGUCAACGAGACGUGUAAUGAGAAGCGAUUUAAGAAAUCUGUUAAUUCAGCUCUCACUCAAAUCCGAGAAGGAGUUCACGAUGGACUUUUUACUGCCAAACUCGGAGAAGAGAACUGGGGCAUCGCUCACAGAGUGCUAAUGCCAGCCUUCGGACCAUUGCCGAUCGAGCGCAUGUUUGACGAGAUGCACGAUAUCGCCUCUCAACUUGCUCUCAAGUGGGCGCGAUACGGACCGGACUCGCCUAUUAUGGUAACCGACGACUUUACGCGUCUGACCCUAGACACACUGGCGUUAUGUUCUAUGGGGUACAGAUUCAAUAGCUAUUAUUCUCCAGUUCUCCACCCGUUCAUCGAGGCAAUGGGUGAUUUUCUUACAGAGGCUGGAGAAAAGCCUCGACGGUUGCCUUUACCCGGAGUCGUCUACCGCGAGCGCGAUCGCAAGUAUCAGUAUGAUAUCGAGAUCAUGAGAAGUACUGCCAGGGGGGUUCUUGAUGCCCGAAAGGCUGAUGGAACCACACGAAAGGACCUUUUGACAGCUAUGCUUGAGGGCGUCGAUACAAAAACUGGCAAGAAGAUGACGGAUGAAAGUAUUAUGGAUAACUUGAUUACUUUCCUUAUUGCAGGGCACGAAACUACUUCAGGUCUCUUAUCUUUUGCCUUCUAUCAACUCCUCACACAUCCAAAUGCCUACCAGGUUGCUCAGAAUGAGGUGGACCAGGUGGUUGGGAAAGGACCCGUUCAGGUAGAACACCUCUCCAAGCUUCCAUAUCUGAACAGUGUUCUGAGAGAAACCCUUCGGAUUAACGCGACCAUCCCUCUCUUCACUGUCGAGGCCUUUGAAGACACCCUUCUUGGGGAUAAAUAUCCCGUCAAAGCUGGCGAGACCAUCGUCAACCUUCUCGCAAAGUCACAGCUCGACCCCACGGUAUUUGGAGCCGAUGCAAAUGAGUUCAAACCAGAACGUAUGUUUGAUGACAAUUUUGCCAGACUGAACAGCGAGUUCCCCAACUCGUGGAAACCGUUUGGUAAUGGCAUGCGAGCCUGCAUUGGAAGGCCAUUUGCUUGGCAGGAAUCUCUGCUGGUUAUGGUAGUGCUUCUGCAGAACUUCAAUUUUGUUCUUGAUCCUACCUACCAUCUCGGCUACAAACAGACCUUGACCAUUAAACCUAAGGACAUGUAUAUGCGAGCGAUCUUGAGGGAUAACCUUACGCCGACCACCCUUGAGCGCCGGCUGGCUGGUUUAUCCAGUACAGCAACAAGCAAGGAGAAUGGACCCAACGGCAAGUCUACUGAGGCUGAAGGCGGUGUCCCUAUAACCGUCCUGUACGGUUCCAAUAGUGGAACAUGUGAGUCUUUGGCGCAGAGGGUUGCAACUGAUGCCGCAGAGCAUGGCUUCCAUGUCACCAAGAUUGAUUGUCUUGACACGGCAAAGGAAAACCUUCCUAAAGAUCAGCCAGUUGUGAUUGUCACCGCAUCAUACGAAGGUCAACCCCCCGACAAUGCUGGGCAUUUUAUAGCCUGGAUCGAGAAGGCUGACCAAGAAUCCAUGCCCCUCAAAGACGUCUCGUAUGCCGUUUUUGGCUGUGGUCACAAGGAUUGGGUACAGACCUUCCAUCGCAUCCCUAGGCUUGUCGAUGGUAAUCUCGAAAAGCUUGGCGCUACUCGGAUUGUCGACAUGGGUGUCACCGAUGCAUCUCAAAAUAUGAUCUUCAGUGACUUUGAGACAUGGGAAGAUGACAUCCUGUGGCCUGCUCUUGAAGCGCGUUACAAGCCUGAGCGCAGCAACACGGCUACAGCCAAGGGACUGAGUGUCAAGAGCUGUAACUUCAGGACCCUUACCCUUCGUCAAGAUGUCAAGGAGGCAACAGUGGUCUCUACCAAGACGUUAACAAGGAUCGACGAUGCAAAUGCCAAAAAGCAUAUUGAGAUACAGUUGCCUGAAGGCAUUGACUACACAGCCGGUGACUACCUUGCUGUCCUGCCAAUCAAUCCCCAAGAAGUUGUCCGUCGGGCGCUGAGGAGGUUCAAGCUUCCAAUGGAUGCUCAUCUGGAGAUUUCGAGCAGUACACCAACUGCCCUCCCUACUGAUACGUCUAUAUCGGCGCUGGACGUGUUUGGCUCUUACGUUGAGCUUUCUCAGCCGGCGACUAAAAGGAACCUCCUCCUCAUUGCCGAAGCUGCAUCCGAUGUAGAAACAAAGGCUGCUUUGACCUCGUUAUCUGAGGAGGAUUACAUCGAGGCGAUCAGCGAUAAGCGCGUAUCGGUUCUGGAAAUCCUAGAACGUUAUCCCUCUAUCGAACUACCUAUCAGAGACUUUUUGCAGAUGCUGCCAUCUAUACGAAUUCGACAAUAG